GGUUUGGGUGGAAUUGUUACUGUGCAUCACGGCAAAUGUAAAGACCUUCACAGAGGCUGAAUAUUACGCCCAAAUCUGCAUUGAACCUUCUGAGAUGGACGUUUAAUCUCACAAAAAUGGGCUUAGUUUUCCUUAAAAUUGCGAUAAUGGAUUCUCUCGAGCAACCUCAGAGAUAUCAAUGUUGUGUUUGUGACGAAAAAGGUCGUAAGCUGGAAACUCGAUUGGCAACCUCUUGCUAGUAAAGAAAUAGUAGAGGAAAUCAUGUCCGGAGUGCAGAGAUUUGCCCAACUCUGCCGAACCAUCGUGGGGGUGGGACGAAAUUACAAGGAUCAUGCUGCCGAGUUGGGCAAUUCGGUUCCUUCCAAACCAUUAAUUUUUAUGAAGCCUCCUGCCUCCAUUAUCCUCGAGGGUGAAAAUAUUGAAAUACCUGUUGGAUGUAGCGAGAUACAUCAUGAGAUUGAAUUGGGCAUCGUCAUUCAAUCCAAAUGCAAGAAUGUACCGGAAGCUGAAGCCAUGAAUUAUGUGGGUGGAUACAUCCUAGCUUUGGAUAUGACUGCUCGAGAUUUCCAGAAUGAAGCCAAGAAAAAAGGGCAGCCUUGGGCCAUGGCCAAGUGCUUUGACACGUCUUGUCCUGUGAGCAAUUUCAUCCCCAAGGAACAGAUUUCCGAUCCCCACGAUGUGCAAUUGCUGUGCAGCGUAAACGACACCGAGCGUCAAAAUGGGCAUACGAAGGAUAUGAUCUUCCGAGUCCCUUAUCUUAUUAGCUACAUUUCGAAAUACUUUACGCUAAAUGAAGGAGAUCUUAUCUUGACCGGGACCCCGGCCGGAGUUGGCCCUGUCAAAAGCGGCGAUGUGAUUCAAGGCGAAAUCCCAGGCGUGGUCAAGUUCACAUACAAAGUAACCUCGAGAGUGUAAGAAAUGAAGUGUCUGCAAAUAUUGCCUUAUCAGCGUGUGUAUUGGCUAUUUCAGAGAAUUCACAUCUUUCUUCAAAAUUCAAUAAAAUACAGAGCGGCGCAUUUGUUUAAAAAUAGGUUCAUAAAGAUUGGGCUAAUGAUAAAGGAAAAUGUUCCUUAGUACAUAAACAGCAUUCAAAUUGGCAUGUCGAAAGAGCAAAGUUAAUCGCUCCUGAAACCUUCAUUAUCCUUUCCUUCCGAUUUACUAGACGUAGAUUUCAAGCUUUUCCUCGACUGUCGA